AAGAGAGUCACCGAUGAUGAUUUAUAUAGAAGAUCUAGUCAAUAUCGAUUAUGGUCGUUUAAUCAGAAGCACUUGAUGGAAAAAAGACAACGAAUCAAUGAAAAUGGAAGAAAUUUUGUUUUAAACAAGUUACGAGAUUUAAUAUUUAAUGAUGAUAAAAUCUUGGGAGAUAAUGAUUUCAAAGAGACCAAAUUUAAAGAAAUUAGUUCUAAAAUUGAAUUUGUUGAUGUUGAGGAAGAAAUUAAGAUGAUCAAUUAUUAUUCAAGAAGAGUGGAGGAUAUUUCGAAGAUUUUCAAUUUAUCAUCAGAAGUAAAGGCUACAGCAUUAAGUUUUUUGAAAAAGUUUUAUUUAGAGAAAAGCUGUAUGGAGUACCAUCCCAAAAAAAUAUUAUAUACAUGUUUAUUUUUGGCUGCCAAAUCUGAAAAUUGCUUUAUUUCUAUUGACAAAUUUAUUGAAACAAUUGGAAAUAUAACGAAAAAGUCGAUAUUGUCAUUAGAGUAUAAAAUCUUGAAUGUGUUAAAUUUUACAUUAAUGGUGCAUCAUCCAUACAAGCCAUUGUAUGGAUUCUUUUUGGAUAUUCAAUACACUUUAAUUCGGAAUAAGCCUAAUGGGAUGACAUUUUUUUAUACAGAAAAUUUAUUGAAUCGAGAUUAUAGCAAUGCGAAAAAUUUGGUGAAAGAGACAUUGAUAUCUGAUGUUCAGUUUUUAUUCACGCCACCACAAAUAGCACUUGCAUGUUUUUUACAAGUUAAUGAGGAGAUAACAAUAGCAUAUUUAAAACAAAAGUUUCGAAAUAAAAGGGCCUUUUUUAUUGAAGACAAUGCCACUAUAACUAAUACUCUUAAUAAUAAUAAAAAUUAUCGAAAAUUGCUUUCUGUAAUUCGAUCAUGUCAAAAGCUUAUGAAAGAAUCGUUUGAUCCGAGCAUUGAAGAAGCUACAAACAUAGACAAGAAAAUAUAUUACUGCACCAAUCCAAAGAAAUUAAUUAAUAAAGAGCGUAAAAAA